AGAGUUCCUUGACUUUGCCUACUUGACUGCGGGAGAGUCAGAGCUUGAGGCACCAUGGAGGAGGAAUCGCCAGUUCUUGCGCCAGAGAGGGCGGCCAUCAACAAUCCAGCAGACAUUUCCGUCAUCUGCUUCUACUUCCUUGCGGUCAUUGGAGUCGGUCUGUGGUCGAUGUGCCGGACCAACAGGGGUACCGUCAGGGGAUAUUUCUUGGCUGGUAGGAACAUGGUGUGGUGGCCGAUCGGCGCCUCUCUCUUUGCCAGCAACAUCGGCAGCGGUCAUUUUGUGGGCUUGGCAGGCACUGGGGCAGCGACCGGCCUGGCCGUGGCAGGAUUCGAGUGGAACGCUCUCUUCCUUGUUCUCCUCCUAGGAUGGCUCUUCGUCCCGGUCUACCUCACAGCUGGGGUCAUCACGAUGCCACAGUACCUGAAGAAGCGCUUUGGAGGCAAACGUAUCCGACUCUACCUCUCCGUCCUCUCCCUUUUCAUGUAUAUCUUCACCAAGAUCUCAGUGGACAUGUUCUCUGGAGCCGUCUUCAUCCAGCAAGCUUUGGGCUGGAAUAUUUAUGUGGCCGUCAUAGCCCUCCUGAUCAUAACCACCAUUUACACAGUGACAGGUGGGUUGGCAGCGCUGAUGUUCACAGACACAAUCCAGUCAUUCGUCAUGAUUGGUGGAUCCUGUGUCCUGAUGGGGUUUGCCUUUAACGCAGUGGGAGGAUACCAGGCGAUGUUCGACAAGUACAUGCAGGCCCUUCCCAGGCAGACCCUCUCCCCGAACCCCGCUCUCUACAACAUCUCAGCCUCCUGCUACCUGCCCCGCGAAGACUCCUUUCAGAUGAUGAGAGAUGCCGUCGUCAGCGACAUGCCCUGGCCGGCUGUUAUCCUUGGCCUCUCCAUCAAUUCUCUCUGGUACUGGUGCACUGACCAGGUGAUCGUGCAGAGGUGCCUUGCUGGGAAGAACCUCACCCAUGUCAAAGCCGGCUGCAUCCUUUGUGGCUACCUCAAACUGCUGCCCAUGUUUCUUAUGGUUAUGCCCGGCAUGAUCAGCCGGAUCCUGUAUCCAGACGAAGUGGCUUGCGUCAUCCCAGAGGAAUGCAAAAGGAUCUGUGGCACGGAAGUUGGGUGCUCCAACAUUGCGUACCCCAAACUGGUGGUGUCUCUCAUGCCGAGUGGCCUCCGGGGUCUCAUGCUGGCUGUGAUGCUGGCGGCAUUAAUGAGCUCGCUAGCUUCCAUCUUCAACAGCAGCGGUACCCUCUUCACCAUGGACAUCUACAACCGCCUGAGGCCGCAAGCCAGCGACAAGGAGCUCUUGAUCGUGGGCAGAGUGUGGAUCCUGCUCCUUGUUGGGGUGAGCAUUGCGUGGAUCCCAGUGGUGCAGGCAGCCCAGGGGGGCCAGCUCUUUGACUACAUCCAGUCCGUCAGCAGCUACUUGGCCCCACCAAUCGCAGCCAUCUUUCUCCUUGGGCUCUUUGUCAAAAGAGUUAAUGAGCAGGGUGCAUUCUGGGGGCUGGUGGGGGGGCUAGCCAUAGGCAUGGCCCGGAUGAUCCCGGAAUUUUUUUACGGGACAGGAAGUUGCCUCUUCCCCAGCACCUGCCCCCGCCUGAUCUGUGGAGUCCACUAUCUCUACUUUGCUUUCAUCCUCUUCUGCCUCACGGCCACCAUUGCGAUGGGUGUGUCUCUCUGCACCUCACCUAUCCCUGAGAAACAUCUGCAUCGCCUGGUGUUCAGCCUCAGACACAGUAAAGAGGAGCGAGUUGAUCUGGACACAGAGGAAGAGGAGGAAGCCAAACAAAGGGAGGCUGCCCGGCAGCGGCGCUGGGAACAUGCAGAGAUGGAAGCCGCCAGGAACGGGAGGCUGGAGCAGGCGCUGGAGGUGGAGGAUCCCAAAGCAGCGGCCUCCUCUGGCAGGCUGCGCCGGUGCCUCGGCUGGUUCUGUGGGAUGGCGGCAGACAGCCAGGAGCAGCCAGAGCCGAGCCCAGAAGAGAAAGCUGAGGAGCUGCGGCGCCUGACAGACAUCACUGAGCAUCCAACAUGGAGGCGCAUCGUCAACAUCAACGCCGUCGUCAUGAUGGCCCUAGCGAUAUUUUUGUGGGGCUACUAUGCCUGAGCACCCAAGACGGCAGCUCUCCGUAAACCUCUUGACACCCUCUUAUCCACCAACCCCAUCUGGGCAUAACUUCAGCCUCUGAGGGACAGUGGCAUCAACGAGUUGUCAGGGAACGAGCAGACAUUAACCCACCAGCCAGGAUCACCCAAGCCCACCAAAGACCAACCCUUGUAAUCCAAGUCAGAGAGGGCAUCGUAAUGCAACACACGGAAGGAGAAGCUGAGACCUUUCAGGUGUUGUUGGACUCCAGUUCCCAUCAGCCCCAACCAGCAUGGCCAGGGAUGAUGUGCUUUGUAGUCUAACAUCAGGGAAGGGUACUGGCUCCCCGUCCGUGCUGUAGCAAAAUGCCCUAUUGUGAAGGCCCUUCUUAGUUCCACUGUGCAAUACCACAUAUACUGCCUCUCUCCCACUGCCCUCACCUCAAAGGUAUGAAGCCUGCAAGGAAAGACAAACCACCCAAUGUUAGUGGCGUUGCAAAAAAAUAAAAGAAUGGCACGUUCUUCUUGGAGGCCCCACCGAUUUGGCACCUGGGGUCCUCACCCCUUCGAGUCCCUAGAGCAAGACAUUCUAGCUUCUUGUCCAUGCUUCCACUUUUCUUAGGUCUGGUCAUCCAAACCACACACUUUCUCUCAAUGCUUUUCACCUUCAUCACAUUUGUGCAGCCCUUGGAAUCCAAGCACCCCUCAUGCCGUCAUCACCAUUUUCACCAAGGUCGGUGUAGCAGAGGUUGUUUAGUUCCUCCAAAGCCACAUGGAGGUCAUGAGAGUCAGGGAUAAGGGUACCUCCCUUAUGACUUGGUUUGAGGUAGGCAAUGCUAGCCUGCCCAUCCCCCCCCCCAGAAGGCCGCACAUCUGACAGCACCAGCAGCAUCUAGACCCAGUGUUUUGGAAAACAGAGAGGCCAAAGAACGGGGGAAUAAAUGUGACUGUGAAAAUG